GAAGGGCCGCGAAAACGAAGGAUGGCUCGCACCAAGCAAACGGCUCGCAAGUCGACCGGCGGGAAGGCGCCCCGCAAGCAGCUGGCCACCAAGGCUGCGCGGAAGAGCGCGCCGGCCACGGGCGGCGUGAAGAAGCCUCACCGCUACCGGCCGGGCACCGUGGCCCUGCGCGAGAUCCGCCGCUACCAGAAGUCGACGGAGCUGCUGAUCCGCAAGCUGCCCUUCCAGCGGCUGGUGCGCGAGAUCGCGCAGGACUUCAAGACCGACCUUCGCUUCCAGAGCUCGGCCGUCAUGGCUCUGCAGGAGGCGAGCGAGGCUUACCUGGUGGGGCUCUUCGAGGACACCAACCUGUGCGCCAUCCACGCCAAGCGCGUCACCAUCAUGCCCAAGGACAUCCAGCUGGCCCGACGCAUCCGCGGGGAGAGGGCGUAAGGACGUGCCGAGGCUCACCUAUAACCCCAAAGGCUCUUUUAAGAGCCCACUCACUCUUCCGCGGAAAGAGCUU